GGGGCACAAGACCAGAACUCGUUAAUCUUCAGUCGCCUCGCCCUGGCUACUCCAACAAACUCUCAGUUCCAUUGUCACCAAACUCACUGGUUUGCGCUCUUAUCCGGCCUCGGCAGCUUCAACGAAUCAUUAUUCCGUGCCAGUGUUGAACCAUAGCGGCCAUCACCAAGAAGGAUUCGGCUCCCUGUCGCUCUGCUGUUAGUGUUAACUGCACUGCGACCCUUGACUGGACACUGGGAUCGUUGUUUGGUGUGAAUCGCGACGUUGAAUGUGCCGCAUUGCGGUCACCUCCACUCUAUCGGCUCAAUAAAUCUCGUUGGAUGUUUGCUUCGAACCUAGGAUGACCUUUCUGGUGAGGGUCAAAAACGACAGGCUUUCUCACAUCUCUCUGCCAGACUCGAGAUGUGGUCAAUCAUCCUUGGAUCGUACUUCCUUCUCGUGCAACUCGCACAAGCCCGUGACCCUGCACCUGUUUUGUUGCCCUCUGGUGGUUGGACUGGAAGCGAUGGCAAUUGGUCUACCAUCUCAUUUUCCCUGGGUUCAAAUUCACAGGCCAUUGAGGUUCUGGUGAGCACGGCUCUCUCCGAAUUCUGGGCCAUUGGACCAGGAGGAUGUCUACCCAGUAUGUUUUCCUCACUUGGUCGUUCGUUCUUCAGCUUGGCUUCUCAAACCCAAGGAGUCAUUGAUACCUUUCUACUCUGGGUCUGCCAUUAACAUUCUAUCAGAGGAGCCUCACUGUAUCGCCGCUCGCGGAGGCAUCUAUAAUCCUCAAGAAUCUAGCGAUUGGAGCCCCCUAGGCACAUGGCAGUUAGGUUUAAGUUAUCUUGGUUACGAUGGGAAUGGCAACUACGGGCGCGAUGCUAUCAGCACGCAAAGCCCUCUCAGUGAUGAUCCGUUUACCAUGGACGGCGUGCUAAUAGCGACCAUAAACACGACCAACUACUUGAACGGUCUCUUCGGUUUAGGGAUCACACAGAGUAACUUCAAUGGCACUGUGGCGGAUUCACCAUUGACCCAAGCAGUUGGGACGUAUGGACUGAUUCCAAGUUACAGCUUCGGAUAUACAGCUGGAGCAUACUACAGAAAUACACCUGUAUCCUUGACUCUUGGAGGCGUCGAAACGCCAAGGUUUAAAAAACAUGAUAACGUCUUCACACUCAGCCAGGAAGACAACCUGGAGCGCCCUAUGGUCCGUGGCAUUCAGAUCACACCCGCCGAAGGCCAAGAUGUUCCUAGUUCUUGGGAAUCCCAACAACCUUUGCUCUCCCAAUGGAACUCAUCUUUCUUCGCCAUCAUUGAUAGCAGCACUCCCUACCUGUGGCUACCAGACGAGGCUUGCGACCAAUUUGCCCAAGCUCUCAACUUGACCUAUAACAGCACCUUCGAACUCUACACCAUCAGUGACGAUCAAUAUCGUGAUUAUACAAAUGACGAGUCAUUCGACUUUACCUUUGUGCUUUCAAGCUUUGACGAUAACGAUAACUUUGGCGACCCUUACAAUGUACCAGGCAUCGUCAAUAUUACCAUACCUUUGAGAGCCUUUGUGGGCUUACUGCAAUACCCUUUCAUGCCUGAUACGAUCCAAUAUGGCGACCCAGCAAUCCCCUACUUUAUGCUACGAAAGGCGAAGAACAGCGGCUCGUACGUACUAGGCCGUUCGUUUUUACAGGAGUCCUACCUUAUAACCAAGUAUGAUGAGGGCGUCUUCUCAAUCCAUCAAGCUCUUUUCCCAGACGAGCCAUCGACAAACUCGGAACUUACUGCCAUCGAACAGUCUGACAACAGUCCCUAUCCUCCACCAUAUGCAGAGGAUGAAGGUGGGCUUUCAGAUGGACAGGUAAUUGGAAUAGGAGUGGGUGUCGGGUUGGGUGUCUUCGUCGUCUGUGCGGCAGCUUUGUUUGUGUGGUUAUACUUUCGACGCAAACGUAAGCGAGCAGCCAGAGGAAAUAACCCGUCAGCAGAGGAUCAGGACCUUACGCCAAAUAGCGGAUCGCGAUCGCCCAAGUCCCCUUUGAUCAUAUUGUUUUCGAAAAUUCUCGGACGACACUACUCGACAGAUGAUGGCACCAAUGGUAGAGAAAAGGUUGCUGAAGCUCCCGAUACUCAAAUCCACGAGAUGUCAGCACCACUUCCAGUAGCAGAACUUGAUGGCGAUGAUGGCAUGUCGUGGAAUGACGAUACGGAGAUGGGUACCGACAGCACGCAUAACAUGACUGCCUAUGAGAUAGCCCGGAGGAAAUUGGAUAAACAACUUCAGGGACCAGUCCCAACAUAUACUCCCCCUGCUGAUGGGACGGAGAUACCCGCAGAGAAAGCGAUAUACCAACCAGACCCAACAAAUGGUCCGCCUGUGGCCCUACAACUAUCGCCAUCGGCAUCUCUAAAAACAACACAACAAGGGGGCACGAAUACAAGCUCAAUACCGCUGCCAUCUCCACUGACUCCGGGCUUCGAUGCGAAUGGCCGUCCCAUCGAGGCACCUUCUCCAACUACUAUACCAGUAUCGCCAACUAACGACAGUAUUUCAUUACCAAACUCACCCCUUUCUCCGACUUCGGACCACCAUACCAUUAACUCCAUGGCAAUGGGUGGAACUCAGUCAGGCUGUGAACCUCACUCUCCAUUAAAACGAUCGAACGAGCUACAACAGCGAGCAGUUCAACGGACACCCAUUGAUCCAUCAAAGGUUGUAUUUCUUGGGGCACUGCCCAAGAAUACGCGCUUCUCCCGCCACGCCGCUCCGCAAAUUGUAUCAGAUGAAGACUAUCAAGCCACUGAUGAGUCCUCACAUCGGCACGGCUCUGUUGAUACUCUGGGAAGUAACUUCACUGUCGACGAGGAAAGGCGAAGCGCAGAAGAAUCAUCAAGGCGUUUGGAUCUAGGUACAAACGGCUCAUCCGUGAAUGCUGUGAUAGAAGAUUCCCCACAAAAUCCUUCGACAGAUCAGCCUGACAUUUCACGAAGUCGGGAGCGCAUCAAUCCUGGUGAGGAUUUGGUUCAUGUACCCCAACUGGCUGAAAGACGGUAUAGCUGGGAGCAAUAAGCUGGUUUCUGUGCACCUUAUUCUCAUAAUGAUCAGGCUAGCAUGAAAUUCCUGGCUUUGUUGACGAGAAACACGAAAGGAACGAGGUCUGCGGUCUGGCCUGGUAUCGGCCGUGGACAGCGCGAUAUCCAACAGAUUUGAGCAAUGCCACAGAUUGCCAGAACAAUAUCUGGCCCAGACUGGUUAAAACCCCAGUCCAUUGAGGCUGGUAUAACGUUUUCUUUGUCAAAUAUGCAUGAGCGAGCGUUAUGAUUUGUCUUGAUAUGUCAGUCUCAUAUACCAAAGAGAAGAAUAGUUCUUAUUCAAUUUAUAAUCAAACAUAUGAUGAUAUGCUUAUCAUGUGCUCCUGAUAUUGUCAUGGUCCUAUGCUGGCCUGAUGUCUAAAGUAUGUACUAUAUUUUCUACUGAUAUUUUCUUACCAGAUCUCCUGCCACCAUGUCAACACUGCCAGAAUCUUCUUGCGCUCCUCUAUAUCCUUUACGUCCUCUGAGAAGGGGUCAAAUACUGCCUUCUUAGCCGCAUCCGCCAUCUUGGUCGAGCCACCGCAGACGCAGAAUAUUCCAUUGUUGAAGAUUAUCUCUUCGAUUCUCUUGGCCUCCUCGCGUAGCCUGUCCUGGACAUAUAUCUUAUUUCGCUGAUCACGCGAGAAUGCUAGAAAGACAUUGAGAUGUCCCUCACGCACGGCGGCGUCAAGCUCUUGCUGGAAGAAAUAAUCGGCCUCACGGUUGCGGUUCCCAAAGAAGAGAUGCAUCGGUCCUGGUGACGAGUGCGUGAGACGCUCGUGAAUAAGGGCGCGUAUUGGGGCAAGGCCUGUGCCCGUGGCGAUGGCAACCAGAGGCCGUCGGGCAUUCUGUGGGCCAUGAAUGGGUGAGAGGACUGGCUUGCGGGUGACAGUAAGAAUGGAGUCCAAGGGAAUGUUAUCGAGAUAACGAGAGCAGAGGCCCUCACGAGGUUUGCGGAGGACAGUUUUGUAUUUGACUAAAGCGACAAGAAGCUCGAUACGAGUCUUAUCCUUGUCUGUCGGAUGAUUUUGAUGCACGCCGCCAUUGGCAAUGCUAAAGUCUCGUCCACGGAUGAUUGGGAAAAUAUCGAAGAGGCGCUCGGCAGGUAGUUUGACAGAUGUGAACUCCUCCAAGACCUCGAGAAUAGAUCGUCUUGACCUAGUUGCGUAGUCGAAAUAUUCAUCUAGGUAUUCAGUCAUGGUGAACUCGAGAAGCCGCUCCUUGUGGUCUGGAUUGGUGGAGAAGUAAGACAUGUUCUUGAGGAAUGAUCUCCGAGGGAUUGCAGUGAAGUCGAUGUUAUUCAAAAGGAGCUCUCUCAAUGUGCAUCUGGGGUCUAUAUAGAGGUUUGUAGGAAGAGAUUCGCAUAAUGAAAGGUCAAGGGUUUUGUCAGCCACCUCUUCCCAGCCCAUGAGUGUGAUGAGCUUCUGGACGUCUUGGGGGAAGUUUUUCGGGUAAAUGGUGAGGCAAUCUCCAGGGACGCAAGAUAGCUUUUCUCCAUCGCGACGUGGAAUGUCGAAUGAGAUGAGGCGGACAUCUUGCCAGUGCUUCUCGGGGGUGAGUCUGUCGUUUCCAACCAAAGUUGCUUUCCAACCAUUAGGGAUAGGGAGGGGUGCAGAGGGAGGGAGGUUAGAAACUAUCGGAGACGCGUGGCCGUUGCUUAUUGAAUUGCCACUGAGGGAACUCUUUAGGGACCAUUUAGCGGGAAGAAUAACAUCAUCAGGGAUAGGCUCAAGUCCAGUAGGGGGAGGAUGGUGUUCAAGUAAAUGGUUGUAAAGCCGCUCACCCCAACGCACAAAACUUCCGUCAAUACUAUCCACAACAUUAGCUACUUCAACUAGCGAUAUAGAACGAUAAGAGCUGACCCGUCUGGAAAUUGUU